AUGAAGUUGAUCGGACGUACGUUGGUCCGCGUAUUGUGUCUUUGGAUCUCCUUCUCACGUGUGGCUGUUGUUCGAGAUUUCACGUCGCGGUGCAUUUCGGCGAGGGCGCGCUGCGUUUUGUCAAUUCGGACGAGCCGUUCAGAGUGGACUUCAUCAAUCGAUCGGACACGAACAGAACCUCCAAUCCUAGUCGUGACGGAGCGCAAUGUUGUGUCCUGGGGAAGCCCAGUGAAUACGUUGAGGGCGCAGCGACGACCCAAGUGUUGCAGCGGGGAUGAAUUAAGUACCGAUUGUACUACAGGUAUGACAUUAGGCCAGGAUCUGUGCCGGAAUUAGAAUUCUGGGAGCAGCGCUCGCGUGGCACGUAACAGUUCUCGGCAUACCACCUCGACCGUGCCAUUGCUCCAAGGGCAAUAUGCUAAUGUGAAGUGGUGAGAUCCUCCUGUCUGCUCGCGCAAAGUUCGCACGACCUCAUUCUUAAAGUGUGUUCCUCUGUCCGAAACCUAGUAGUGAACAACUCCAAAAGAAG